AUGUUCGGCACGACGGUUCAGCGCUGCGUGGUGCUCAUUCUGGGGAUACUCAGCGUCACGACCGUGGGCUGGCCCUACGAUGAGUCGCUCGUUGAUUACAACCUGAACGAGAACAAGACCGCAGAGGGACCGAUAAACUAUUGGGGAGAAUGGCCAGAUCACACCUAUCAUCCGUCACCAGACAACUGGCGCUUCCCCAUCUAUACCAUCUUCCUGGAUCGCAUCGCCAACGGAGAUCCCGCUAAUGACGAUAUUAACGGCACCACCUACGAGCAUGUACUCGAUUCGAAUCAGAUGCGCCAUGGCGGUGACCUAGUCGGCUUGAUUGACACGCUCGAUUACAUCAGAGGCAUGGGCUUCAAGGGAAUCUACUUCGCUGGUACGGGCUUGAUGAAUCUUCCCUGGGGCUACGAUGGUUACUCCCCGGUGGAUACCACCCUCCUCGACAAGCACCAUGGCACCCUGUCCGACUGGAGGCGGACCAUCAAGGAGAUCCACGACCGGGAUAUGUAUGUGAUCAUGGAUAAUACAUUAGCAACUUUGAGUAACCUGAUCGGUUUCAAGGGCCACUUGAACGAUUCGGCUGAUUUCAAUGCGAAAGAGUACGAGGUGGAGUACGUCACCGAGAGAACGUACGCCGAUUUCCAGUUCAGCAAUGACUACAAUGACACCUGCAACUACCCGAAAUUCUGGAACGAGACGGGAUACCCGUUGACGUCCGGUGGCGUGCAAGACCUGAAGGGUUGCUACAACAGUGAUUUCGAUCAGUAUGGCGAACUCGAGGCGUUUGGUAAUUUCCCCGACUGGAAGCGACAGCUCACGAAAUUCGCUUCGGUGCAAGAUCGUCUGCGAGAAUGGCACAAGCCGGUUCGCGAUGUCAUCACCCGGCAUUCCUGCAUUGUGAUCGCCAGUUUGGACAUUGAUGGCUUCCGGUUUGAUAAGGCCGUCCAGGCCACUCUGGAUCCGCUGGGUGACAUGCUAGCGGUCUACCGUGAAUGUGCCAAGCAAUAUGGCAAGAAGAACUUCUUCCUGCCGGGAGAGAUCACUUCGGGAAACACCUUUGGUAGUCUCUAUCUUGGCCGGGGUCGUCAGCCAAACCAGACGCCCGAUUCGGCAGACGCUGGCGCGAAGUUGACGAAUGCUUCGUCGGAUUCCUACUUCCUCCGCGAUGAUGGCCUGCAGGCGUUGGACGCUGCAGCCUUUCACUACACCAUCUAUCGUUCGAUGACCCGUUUCCUGGGAAUGGACGGGAACCUGGUGGCCGGCUUUGACCUGCCCACUGAUUUCAUCGAAGCCUGGAAUGGCAUGCUCGUCACUAACGACUUCAUCAAUGCCUUCACGGGCGAGUUGGAUCCCAGACAUAUGUAUGGAGUGUCGAACCAGGAUAACUUUCGCUGGCCCGCCAUCAAGAAUGGUACGGAGAAAUACCUGCUGGGUCUAUACAUUGUUACGCUGGAGCUGCCGGGAAUCCCUUUGGUUCUCUGGGGCGAGGAGCAGGAGAUGUACGUGUUCGAUGCGACUGCGUCCAACUAUCUGUUCGGUCGGCAACCCAUGACUUACCAGACGGCGUGGUGGACGCAUGGCUGCUUCUCGCUAAACACCUCGAAAUUCUACGAUUUCCCCAACGACAAGGGAUUGAAUGGUUGCAACGAUAUCACAGUGACUUACGACCAACGGAAUCCGGCGCACCCCCUUCGCAACAUCAUGAAGCGCAUGUUUGAGAUUCGGGAGCAGUACCCAGUGGCCAAUGAUGGCUUCAACCUUGAGACCAUUUCCCAGCUUACCCAGGAUAUCUAUCUUCCGGGUUCAUCGACUACCCCGACGGUGACUGGUCUCUGGUCAGUGCUGCGCAGCUACUACCCCGGGGUUCAGAAAGAGGCCUCGAGUAGCAACGAUACUCUUUGGCUUGUAUAUCAUAAUGCCAAUAAAACGGAAACCUAUGGCAAGAACUGUACUAGCAAGGACUCCGCUCUUCUGUCCCCUUACGAGUCGGGCACGAAGUUGAAAAACCUCUUCUAUCCCUACGAUGAACUCACGCUGCAGGAUGGACCAAGUGACGCUAGCAACGGCACCGAGUCCUACGGGUGCACGACCAACAUGAAAUUGCUGCCAUGGGAAUUCCGGGCUUACGUCAAGGCGAGCGACUUCGUUGAACCUGGCCCUACCGUCACCGAGUUUGUCCCCGGCCACGAUGCUCGCCUGCUGUCUUCCGAGGAUACUGGGGAAACACUGAAGAUCCAGCUGGGCUACUCCAAGGCCAUGGACUGCAGUGCCAUCACGAAAGCAGUCUCCCUGAAUUCGACCACCGUCAAGGGCGUCAAUGCCACCCUUGACACCUCUAGCGUGAGCUGCACCAACGUCACCGCCAGGACGAGCAGUAAUAACUACAUCGGCGAGGUUCCCACUGUUUGGACCUGGUCCGCGAACCUGACAAACGUCUAUCACGGAAUCCACCAGCUCACCGUCAAGAAUGCCUCCACGACGUCUGGAACGCGCGUAGAUGCCAUCGACCGCUUUUUAUUCCGAGUCGGAACCCACACCAACCCGUUAAUAUCGCCACUGGCCAACUACUCUACCAGCCUCGUCCAUCAGUCGGAUAACGGCAGCUACUAUGUUCAGCAUGAUGCGGCCGGCGCUGACCAGUUCCGCUACACGACCGACUUUGGCCUGAACUGGUCCAACUGGACAGACUACACUGGUGGUAACACGACGAUUGAAUUUCCGACUUGGACCGGCACAGAUGCUCAAAAGUGGGAGGGCACUCACAUUCGCGUCCAGUAUUUCUCCCGCCUUACCGGCAGCAGUGAUUACAUCCAGGAGGGUGAUUAUGACUGGGAAUCCGGUGUCCCUCGCAGAUUUCCCCAUCUGUGGUGGAAUGGCCCGUACAACCAAUACGGUUAUGAUGCCGGUCUGGACAGCAAGAUGCGGUUUGAUACUAAGGAUCGCCGCUGGAAAUAUGAUUUCGUUUAUGAAUGGCCGUCCGUCGGACAGAUCAGUGUCUGGGGCACUGGCAAGGACGGUGUUCCGGAGACAACGAAUGUUUAUGGCGAUGUUGACAACUCAUCGGUUGUACAGGUCUUGCCUCCCUCCUACUUGUCGUCGAACGUGAUUAAUAUCACCGAGCUGCCCCCCUUCCCGCACCUUGGCUGGACCAUCUCUCUCAAUGAUGCCAACCUCCGCUAUGAAUUGCUUCCGGUCGGAUCUGGAUGGGCCCAGCUGGUACUUUACAUCCUUCUCUGGGUCGUCCCUAUCUUGAUGGGGCUGGCGGGAGUUUUCAUCUUCAUCCGCACCUUCUACCGUGUUGAGCUGAAUACCGAUGGCAAUGUUGUUAAGGAGGACAAGCUGCCGCUGUUGUUCUGGCGCAGGAUGAAGGGCCAAUCUGGAGGUGAUGGCCAGAUGGACCGGGAAGAAUCAGAUGUCGCCGCCGUGGCAGGCGAAAUGGCCAUUGCAGGAGCCCCCGAGAAACGCCGCACGGUCUUGAUCGCCACCAUGGAGUACGAUAUUGCGGAUUGGCAGGCCAAGGUCAAGAUUGGUGGUCUGGGAGUCAUGGCCCAGCUCAUGUCCCAAAACCUGGGAUAUCAGAAUCUUAUCUGGGUGGUUCCCUGCGUGGGAGACAUCGAAUAUCCCGAGGAUACCCCGACAGAGCCAUACAUCGUGAAGAUCCUCGACAACCCCUAUCUCGUCAAUGUGCAGUAUCACGUUCUCAACAAUAUCACCUACGUCCUUCUUGACGCUCCUGUGUUCCGCCAGCAGACAAAAGCCGAGCCGUAUCCUCCCCGCAUGGAUGACCUGGAUAGCGCCAUUUACUACUCCGCCUGGAACCAAUGUAUCGCAGAGACCAUCAAGCGCUUCCCGUCCAUCGAUCUGUAUCACAUCAACGAUUUCCACGGAUGCCUGGCACCGUUGUACCUCCUGCCCACACGCACGAUCCCCGUGUGUUUGUCUCUCCACAACGCCGAGUUCCAGGGUCUCUGGCCCCUCCGGACCCAGCAAGAAAAGAAGGAAGUCUGUUCGGUCUUCAACCUCCCCGUCGAGACGGCUACCAAAUAUUGUCAAUUCGGUAAUGUGUUCAACUUGCUUCACACAGGAGCGAGUUACCUUCGGUUCCAUCAGCGCGGGUUUGGCGCGGUCGGUGUGUCAAAGAAGUACGGAAAGCGUUCCUGGGCUCGGUAUCCUAUUUUCUGGAGUUUGGACAAGAUCGGUAGUCUGCCCAACCCUGACCCAACUGAUACGGCGGCCCUGGAGGAUACUCCUGACGAGAAAGCUCUGACUCGGUCAUAUGAGGAACGGAUCACUGACAAGCUCGAGGCCCAGAAGUGGGCUGGCCUGACCGAGGAUCGCAACGCCGACCUCCUGGUGUUCGUCGGUCGCUGGUCUAAGCAGAAGGGUGUCGAUCUGAUUGCGGAUGUCAUCCCCGCCGUUCUGUCUGACCGGCCGCAGGUGCAGGUGAUCUGUGUUGGUCCCAUCAUCGAUCUUUACGGAAGACUGGCUGCCAUUAAGCUGGAGAAGAUCGCUGCCAUGUUCCCUGGCCGGGUCUUCUCCCGACCUGAGUUCACUGCUUUGCCCCCGUGUGUCUUCUCUGGCGCUGACUUCGCUCUGAUCCCGUCUCGUGAUGAGCCAUUUGGAUUGAUUGCCGUUGAGUUCGGUCGGAAGGGUGCACUGGGAAUCGGAUCUCGCAUCGGAGGUUUGGGUCAGAUGCCAGGCUGGUGGUACACCGUUGAAUCAGACGCCACUCGCCAUCUUCUACACCAGCUGAAGACUGCGAUCAAAUCUGCCCUGGAUUCGACUCCUGAAACUCGAGCCCAGAUGCGCGCAAACUCCGCUAAGCAGCGAUUCCCCGUUCUCGAGUGGAUCCAGAAACUCGAGACUUUGCAGCGGACAUCGAUCAAGAUUCAUCAUGACAAGAACAAGGACACCGUGACUGGUUCGAUCCCGGAGUCUGAGAGCGUAUGGGACCUGCAAAACCUUCAGAGUGCGCGCUAUUCCAGUGUGGCACUUCCUAAUAUGGCUCUGUCCAGAGCGGACGGCACGGAAACCCCGCCUGAAGCCAUGAUCCAGCAGGCCCACGCUCGCCUUCAAGAGAUCCAGGCAUCCGAGGGAAGCAGUCGCGACAGCAGCCUCAACCGCAAACUGUCACUGGGUCGCCGGUCCGGCCCUGGUCAGGGCAGAAAGCGCUUGACGAAGAGGCAAGCGACCGCAAGCCAGGCAUCCACUGAUCACGGAGAAGAUGAGAACGAUACCGACGCUGACGACGACCACACCAGGCCGCAGGAGGAUUACAUUUCUCCCGAGGAGGCCAUGCAGGCCGUUAACAACACUCUAACUCCCCAUGCUAUCACUGGAGACAGUACUCCCCGCGCCUCCUACUUGUCUAGACCCGUAUCCCCGUACCCCAUCUCACAGAUCUCUACUCCAGCGUGCCCGACACCGCCACCCAUGACUCACUUCCGGACCGUUUCUAUGCUGUCGUUGCCAUCCGUUGUUGGGGACCAUAACCGCCUCAGCAGUCUCGGCGGCGAGGAGCAGAACCAGCCCGUCUUCGAGUUGCAGAAGGUGGACCCGACUUUCACGGACAGCUUGGGCCACUUCACCCGGCGCUUCGAGCAGUCGCUUGAGAAGUUGAACAAGAAGAACUCCAUCACGGACUAUUGCAUUGAGGUCUAUCUGAUGAAGAGUGAGCGCAAGUUCUACAAUUCAUACAACGACGCCCAGCUUAAGAAGCAGCCUAAGAACCGUUCGCUCGCGGUUCCCAGCUCUGAGAGUGUUGUGCAAGAAGGGCCCGGUGGCUCAGUCGUUCGUCACUCGUACUCCAGUGAGGAUUCUGAAAUCAAUGGGGAGGAUGAGAUUGACCGCUGGCUGAUGCGGUUGGGUUACACGCGUCCGAUCGCAGUUCAGCGAUUCAUGAGACGCCGCUUGGGCAAUUGGCCAGUGUAUUCACUAUUCCUGGGUCUGGGUCAGAUCAUCGCCACCAACUCCGCACAAAUCACCCUGCUUGUCGGCCAGGUCGGAGAGACCGCUGUGAAGCUUUAUGUCAUCGCCGCUAUCUACUGCCUGUCCUCCAUCGCGUGGUGGUUCCUGUAUCAUCGGUUCCCAGCCGUCAUCUCCCUCAGUCUUCCCUGGUUCAUCUACUGCAUGGCAUUCAUCGUUAUCGGUGUUUCACCCUUCGGUCUCACGGCUCUCGGUCGGGCCUGGGCUCAGAAUGUUGCGGCUGGCGUCUACGCCAUUGCGUCGUCUAGCGGUUCCUUGUUCUUCGCUCUGAACUUUGGAGACCAGGGUGCCGUCCCUGUCAAGGACUGGAUGUUCCGCGCCAGUAUCAUUCAAGGUAUCUCACAGAUCUACACGGUCGCGCUCUGGUUCUGGAGCUCCAAGGUCACUGCCGCCGAAGUGGGAGGUGUAUCUGUAGCGGCCUUGAGCUCCUGGCGUCUCACGGCCGUGGUGAUGCCCAUUGCUGCCCUGUGCUUCGUGAUCGGAGUCCUGCUGGCCCUGGGAUUGCCCAACUACUACCGUCAAGCUCCCAGCCGUAUCCUGUUCUUCUACAAGUCUCUGUUCCGCCGACGCAUCAUCCUGUGGUUCUUCUUCAUGGUCAUCGUCCAGAACUGGUUCCUUGCUGCCGCUUUCGGCCGCAACUGGUCCUUCCUCUGGUCGUCCAAACACACCAAGCCCUGGGAGAUUGUCCUCCUUGUGUUCGGCUUCUUCGUCGUCCUAUGGGUAGUCAUUCUUGUCAUAUUCCGUGCCCUGUCGAAGGAACACAGCUGGAUCUUGCCAGUUUUCGGUCUGAGUCUGGGUGCUCCCCGGUGGGCACAAACCUGGUGGGGAACCUCCAACAUCGGCUACUAUCUCCCUUGGGCUGGCAGCUUGGUGUCGGGGUCGAUCGCUUCCCGCUGCCUGUGGCUCUGGCUGGGACUCCUUGACGAGAUCCAACAAGUCGGAUUGGGUAUGAUUCUGCUGCAGACCAUGACUCGCGUGCAUGUCUGCUUCGUCCUGUUGGCCGCGCAAGCACUGGGAUCCAUCGCCACCAUCUGCGCCCGCGGCUUCGCGCCGAACAAGAUUGGCCCUGGGGAUAUCUCUCCGGAUGUGGGCACGUCGGUGGACAAGGUCGGUAACGCAUGGUUCUGGAUCGCUCUCUUCUUCCAGCUCCUGGCAAGUUGGGGCUUCCUGCUCUUCUACCGCCGCGAACAGCUCAACCGACCCUAA